AUGGAAUCGAAGACCGCUAUCUGUUUGGUUUAUAUAGUGGUGCUCAUUGGAAUUCAUAUUGCUCAAGCACAUAUAUCUACAACUGGAAUUGCUGAGUGUUACAUGGAGGCAGACGGUUCUGACUAUCGUGGUGCUGUGUCAGUCACAAUCAGCGGGCACACCUGUCAAGCAUGGAAUGUACAAACCCCGCACACGCACAGCGUCAACGAUGUCAGUUACCCCGGUGGAGGUCUCGGCGAACAUAAUCUAUGUCGCAAUCCUACUGGUAAAGACGGAGUAUGGUGUUACACGACGGAUAUAGAUACUGUGUGGGAAUAUUGUGAAAUCGGCCAACCAUCGGAUAACUGCCUGAGCGAGGUCAUUUGUCCAUCCGAAUACUCGCUUGGUAUCGAGGAUCCCGCAGUUGUACCAGACAGCCGGAUUUCCAUGUCUUCGUAUUUUAAAAACAACAUCGAAGGGGCUGUGGGCAUUUCGAAAUAUAACAUCAAGCUCAAUUCCGUUGGUUCAUGGUGUGUGAGUGAAGACUAUACUGACGUUGAAGAUGAAUACAUACAGGUGGAUUUUGGUGAACAAGUGUAUGUAACCCAGAUAUUGUCCCAAGGUAACGGAAACCCGAUUCUUGAUGAUUAUCACGUGACGAAAUACACGUUUUACUAUAGCAAUGCUACUAAUGAAACAGGUGAUGGCAUUGCAUACACUGAUGAUGGCGGGUCUAUUCAGGUAUUCAAUGGUAACAACGACAAAGACACGGUAGUGAUGAAUACUUUGGCUGGUGCAGUAUAUACACGAUACAUUCGUAUAUAUUUGUUAGAAUUCAGCAAUUUUCCUUGCAUGCGUCUCGGAGUGUACGGCUGUCAAGGUGAACACUGCACAAUCGAUAACGAUCCCUGCGAUCCAAAUCCUUGUAACCAUGCAGGGAUAUGUGUUAGGGUGUCGUCUACCCAAUUUACAUGUACAUGCACAGGACUGUAUAGCGGUUUGCUAUGUGACGAUUCAACAGUGACUUGUGCUUCAGGAUGGUAUGCUGGCUAUGAAGCUUGUUAUCAACUCGGCAUGGCCGAAGGCACGUACGGGGUCGCCAUAGAAGUGUGCAACCAUAUCAGUGCGCAUGUGCUUUACGUUGGAGAACGAGAAGAACAAGUACUCGUCAGCGAUUGGCUGAACACUGAAGGCAUUGCUGCGAGUAGCGAGUUGUACACAGGCAUGACGUACAGUAGUGACACCGAUGACGUCAUAAAUCAACAUGAUCCAAUGGGAGGUGCCCCUGACAUAUCUACAUGGACCAGUGAAGACUUGGAUCCGUGGUCAUCAGGUUCACCUACCGCGGAUUAUCCAUGUGUUGUGCUGGUAAAAGACGGCGACGAAUGGAAGUUCCGAAAUUCUGACUGUGAAACGACUAGGUUUUAUGUUUGUGAGAAAAGCCCAGUUGAUGGCAGCUGGAGUGACUGGUCAGCAUGGUCAGAGUGCAGCGUUUCCUGUGAGUCUGGUGUCCGCUAUCGUAGCAGGAGUUGUGAUGAUCCUGAACCAUACUUUGGAGGCGCUACGUGUAUGGGUGAUGAAGUGGAAGAAAUUGUAUGCGAUGAACUGUGCCCAUGGGUCACUUGUCCAGGAAGUGACAUGGUGCCACGUCACAGCUCAUGCUAUCAUAUAAAGAGUCAGCCUACAGACAGCGCCACCUACGACGAAUCAAUAUCUAUUUGUGAAGAUUUGUACAAUGGCGGACAUCUUGUUUACCUGGAUGAUAUUGGCGAGCACGAGUUUCUGCAUUAUGAAUUAGUAGCGAGUGGAGCAUCAGCGGAGACUGCAUUUUAUACAGGUUUACAGUAUGACGGUCAUGACAUACAAUUUGAUGAUGGUGGUGGUCAACCCGACCUAUCAUCUUGGGCGAUUGAGAGUCGGAGUCUGUGGAUGCCUGGUUACCCGACAGGCAGUGAACAAUGCGUUGCAAUGGCGUAUAACUCUACCUAUUUGGAAUGGUUGGCGAUAAACGUAAAUUGCUCUGACCUCAAUGGAUUUGUAUGCGAAGUACAUCAAGUGGAUGGUGAUUGGUCAGAUUGGGGCAAUUGGAGCGACUGUAGCGUGACGUGUGGUAAUGAUUUAGGAGUACAGUCUCGUAGCAGGACAUGUACCAAUCCAUCGCCGUUACUUGGUGGAGCUGAAUGUCAAGGAGACUCCAGUGAGACGAGUGGAUGUGGCGGAUCAUGUCCAGAUGAUCCUGUCAAUGGUGGCUGGACGGAUUGGACUGAUUGGUCCGAUUGCAGUCGCUGUUAUCCAGAUAUUGGUAAACAGUCAAGGACAAGAAACUGUACUAACCCAGAACCUUCUGAGGGAGGAACAAGUUGCACCGGUGAAGAUUUUGAGACAAAGACGUGCGAUGUAGACUGUGACAUCACCUGUCACUUAGAAUGGAUCGAAUUACCCAAUGCAUGUAUAAAGGUAAUCGACGCAGCACUCGACUUCCAAGCAUCAAAAGCUGAUUGUGAAUCUAAGGGCGAAGGAGCUCACUUGAUUCACAUAGGGUAUGCGGUAGAGAACUCUGACGUCAAUCUGUUACUGCAAUCUGAAAGCACGACUGAUGCUUUCUAUACGGGGAUUCUGUAUGACUUUACUACAGACAGUCUGUCAGACACCACACACACGCCCGUCUCUAUAUCACCACUACCUUGGUAUGACGCGACGUUUUAUCCUCUACCAGACGGGUAUGACUGCAUACAGUACCUUUACCACGAGGAGGACGAUGAUUGGAAGUGGAUCAACGUGAACUGUACAGAAGAAGCGAAUGGAUACAUUUGCGAAAUGAACCCAGUUCACGGAGGUUGGAGUGAAUGGAGCAGUGCUGAUUGCAGUGUUACAUGCUAUAUUGAAGAGAGUGAUGGCACGAGAACUGGUGGAGAGUUGCUGCAAACACGGACUUGCACGAACCCCGUUCCAUCGAAUGGCGGCAAUGACUGCGGGGAGACAUCGACUCAGGUUAUCGAGUGUGGAAUUGAAGAUGGCAAUGCAUGCCCACCAGAGGAUGGUAACUGGGGUUCCUGGACAGAUUCGGGCGACUGUAGCGUGAAGUGCGGAAACGAUGGAAUCCGAAGACGCGAGCGAACAUGUUCUAACCCACCACCAAUAAAUGGGGGUUCUGAGUGUAGUGGAAGCAGUGAAACAUUUGUAGCAUGUGAUUCGGAUGUUCAGUGCACUGAUUACAACCUCGCCAUAGAAGCAACGGCUACCCAAAGUAGCAUAACCGGUUCGAAUGGAGCUUCACUGGCCAUAGAUGGAUUUGCCUCAUCGUACGUCACUGAUAGUACUUGUGCAGUUACCGACACCGAAUACCAGCCAUGGUUAAUGCUGAAUCUUGGCCAACCUUAUGACAUAUACAAAGUUAUUGUGACCUUACGAAAAUACGAGUUUCCCCUUAUGAAUGACGUUGUAAUUCGCAUUGGACCUCAUUCUGUCAGUGCCGAUAAUACUCUGUGUGGCACUAUAACGACAGCUGCCAAUAUAAACGAAGUUAUCUGCGCUACAUCGAUUACUGGUAAUCACGUUCAUCUUACCCUAAAUGAUGCAAUUGGUCAGCUUAUCGUGUGUGAAGUAGAGGUGUAUUCAGACAAUAUCGAUGCUGAAUUUGGUUUCAAGUACGGUGGAUCACAACCAGACAGUGCGUUCUCGGCAAACCGCGGUGAAAGCACGGCUAAGAAAGGUCGAUUGAAUCACAUCACUGAUUCGUCAGCAUGGUAUACGGGUAGCAGUCCUUCGAACACUGAUUGGCUGAAAAUAUCCCUUCCAAGGGUAGCAAUAGUGCGAAUGAUUGCUGUGCAAGCGAGGCCGUCAAACCCUAACCAAUACGUGAAGACAUUUUAUUUAUCGUACAGUAGUGACGAUGAUUCUUGGAUUAAUUACGAAGAGAACGGUGAGCGAAAGUUAUUUGGAGGAAAUAUAGACGGGUCCUCAGUCGUGAUGCACAGCUUAGAACCGAUAGCAAACGUUGCAUAUCUGAAAUUUAAUCCCCACGCUUGGAAGAAUAGGAUAGCCCUCAGGGUAGAAAUCUAUGGACAAUAUGAACCAGUUGACGGAGGUUGGAGUGAUUGGACGGUGCAGACUGAUUGUUCCGUGGCUUGCGGCAGUGAAGGUAUAGAAGAGAGGCUCCGGUCAUGUGACAACCCUGCUCCACAAUAUGGCGGUGUGUGCACUGGGAGUUCCACUCAGUGGUUCGAAUGCGAAGCGGCGACUGUAUGCUCAGACAAUGAGGACACUCCCCUUGGUAUGGAAGAUGGUUCCAUAGCAGACUCCAGCAUAACUGUAUCCGAGCCACUGGAUGGGACUGACUAUUCAGGGUUAUGGGCCCGUUUAAACGAUAUAGAUGAACAUGCAUGGGUACCAAAUAUCCCGGAUGUUGAAGACUGGAUUAAGUUGACAUUUCAGGAUGCAAUUACAUUGAAGAUGGUUGGUACCCAAGGAAUGCCAGCAACUGGCAAGUAUGUGAAGUCAUACUACUUGUCUUACAGUUUGCACGGCAGUGAUUGGGUGUACUAUCAAGAAGAAGGCAGUGCUAAGUUUCACCCUCAAUCAUGGAAUGUUGAGACGGGAGGUAUCGCAAUGCGAAUAGAGUUGUAUGGCGAAUACACACCAGAUACCGAGUACGCAUCGAUUGACGGUGAAAGUGAAACCUGGUGUAUGGAUGAUGCUGUCAAUUCUGAUUAUUUCGAAAUUGAUCUUAGCGUUGACUCCACAAUCAACAUGAUGGCAAGUCGUGGCACCGCUCCAAAUAGCGGCUAUAUGAAGACAUAUUAUAUAUCAUAUAGUGAUGAUGGGUCAUCGUGGAGCGAUUAUUUAGAGAAUGGUGAGACAAAGUUAUUUAAUGGCAAUUUUGACGCAUCAACAGUAGUUAAGAACACUCUAAGCAAUCCUUUUACUGCAAGGUAUAUCCGAUUUCAUCCCCAAUCAUGGGAAGACUCUUUAUGUAUGUCAGUCGAGGUGUUUGGUUAUACAGCUCCUGUUAAUGGAGGUUGGGGCAACUGGGGUGCCUGGUCAACUGCCUGCAGUGUUUCAUGUGGUAACAAUGGCAUAAAUACGCGAAGUCGAAAUUGUAUUAAUCCAACUCCAUCACACGGUGGCCUGGAUUGUUCAGAAGAGGACAAAUACCUUUACAGAUCCUGCGACUCGGGUACUGUAUGCGGAGGAUGUUUUGAUCCUCUGGGUGUUGAAUACAAAACCAUCGCCGACGAACAAAUAACUGCCUCGUCGAACUAUGCGGCUGGCCAAUACGAAGCGUAUUAUGGACGAAUCAGUUCCGAUAUCACACCGUACCAGACCGCGUGGUGGGCAGCGGAUGACGACGACGAUCCAUGGCUGCAGGUUGAACUGGUGGCGUAUGCCCAUAUUACAAUGAUUGCAACACGAGGUGACGUCACAUCAGGUCACUAUGUGAAGCAGUAUUAUUUAUCCUAUGGCAAUAACACUACGAACUUUGACCUCUAUUUGGAUGGUCUUGAGACUAAGUUGUUUGGCGGUAAUCUCGACAGUUCGACCACUGUGAGGCAUACCUUAGACCCCGUAUUAAGAAAUGUGCGUGUUGUUAGAUUUCAUCCUGUGUAUUAUAUGGGACAUAUCGCAAUGGCAGUGGAGCUUUAUGGUUGUCACCAACUAAGAGGUGUGUAUGCGAGCACAUACACGGUGUUAACCUACAGCAAGUUGGUGGACAACAACGACAAAUCCGUACAGGACGUCACUCAAGAUGAAUGUCAACAGUUAUGUGAAGAUAACUUGGACUUUACAUGUAGAUCCGCUGAAUACAAGGCCAGCGCCCAGGAGUGUGUUCUGAGCAAGAAAAAUGAUUACUGUGAUGCCACAUUGAACGAUGCCACGAAAUGGGAUUAUAUUAGACGCGAGAUAAACUGCCUAGAUGAUAACUACCAAGGCGAUGUUCAAGUCAGUGUGCUUAGUACUUACAUACUCGUGGACCUUGGAGGAUUACACACGGUUACUAUGGUAGUUACGACAGCUGAUGUUAACAACUGGGUAACUGAGUUCCAGUUGUUCUUUACUGAGAAUGGCGAAGAGUGGGUUCUGUAUCGCGAAAGAGGAAUUCCAAAGAUAUUUGCAGGUAAUUUCGAUUCCGCUACAUGGGUUAGAACGCCAUUGUUGAGCCCCAUCGUGGCAGCCAAAUUGCUUAAAAUUUCACCUACGGAGGGUAGUAUACACAAUGGUAUUUCCGGAAAUGUGAUAAUAUAUGGAUGUACGGUUGAUGGGUACACACCGAAAACAGUGCCGCCUUCCAAAGUAUGUUUUGAUCCUCUGGGAAUGGCAAGUGGUGCCAUUUUAGACACUCAGAUUACAUCAAAUACUGUUCUUGACAUCGAUAACGAAGAUGGCACUAAAUUCCAGCCAUUUUAUGGCAGACUGUUCAACUCUGAAGACCCAACAACCGGACGACAUGGUUGGUUCUCAAACACCGGCAAUCACAAAGAUGAAUACUUCCAGGUCGAUCUUGGUGAUCCGCAUUUUGUUACUAUGGUAGCGCUGGAGAUUAUUGAAGAUGCGGCGUUAAAUGAAUUUAUGGAUUUCAAGAUUGCUUACAGUCAGAAUGGAGUAAACUGGAUGACAAUGAAUCAUGUGUUUGAUUACGAUGAUCAGAAUGAACGCUUUAUCAUCUACAAAUUAGCCGAUUCGACCAGUGACGAUCGUUUUACCAUGCACACCCGCUAUGUACGAUUACUGAAUGCAGAAGCAGAAACAUCCACAAAUCAGUCGCAAAUUGCAGCCAUAGAAUUAUACGGAUGUGCUGUUCCCGAAGGUGCAUCCCUUGCCAGUAUUGAAAGUAUGACGGAACAAGAAUUCUUCACAUCUAAACUCGAUAGUUAUUCUAAAGAUUAUGGCAUAAAUCAAUUCAGCAUGGGUUUCAACAGAAAAGAUUCAAACGCAUUCUUUGAAUGGAGCGAUGGCUCUGUCAGUUUGUUCACUAAUUGGGCAGUCGGGCAUCCCCAUUAUGGACCCGAUUAUCAGUGUUCCCAGAUCGGUCAAGACGGGCGUUGGUUCAGCCACGACUGCUCCAUAAAUACGACAGUAAGUGAUGUGUCCUGUCAGUAUGACACAUCGGUAUUAUCAUGCCGGGAGUUCCAAGGCGUGUCUGUCAUACGAGCUACAUAUGGUCGAACAGCUGGAAGUGAAAUUUGUCAGCACGGUACUCUGACUACCAGUGUCAGUUCCUGUCCAUCAACUAUGGAUGUAGCUGAGAAGCUGAGGGCUGAUUGUGACGAUACAUCAACAUCCAUGGUUUUGUCUGCUAAGCAAUGUACCGGUAAUAUUCUGGACCUCAGCUGUAUGAACGAUGAUAUUAUUACGAUCCAAGAUGUGUUAUAUGGGAAAUCUACGGGUAAUUCCAUCUGUGCUGUUCCAGAAGAUCCUGAGACUGUUGACACGCCAUGUUUCACUACCAGUGUGACCGAUAAAUUGAAAUCUAUGUGUGAUGGAGAACCGCUGUGUCGCAUUGUUGUUGAUCCUUCAAUGCUGGGCGACGAUCCAUGCCUGAAACGAUUAGAAGAAUUAAUUGUAUUUUAUACAUGUGAUCCACAUAAUACAGACAUGGAUGGAUGUGAGGAUAGCUGGACGGAGUUCGACGACAAUUGUUUCCUUGUGAACGACACGUAUAUCCAUUACAGUGAGGCAGCGAAUGAAUGUGAGCGUCAUCACGCUACCCUUGUUUGUAUCCCGGAUAACGCCACACAAAACUUCGUGACUGAUUUGGUUGAAAGUAGUGCAACAACAGACGUCUGGAUUGGAUGCCACAAGCGUUGGGACAACACAUGUUAUUGGAGCAAUGGAUUGCAGCCGCUGUACCAAAAUUUCAAACCAUCUUACGUGUACAGUAGCGAUAUGCCGUGUUCAUUCAUGAGUGAACACAUCUCCUAUUUCUGGGAUGGUUCUGUUUGCUCUGAUUUCAAAGGAUUCGUUUGUCAACAGACUUGUAUGGCACCUGUUGGUCUGGAAUCACCGGUAUUGUCAGAUACAUUAUUAUCAGUCUCAUCGACAAAACUGACUCAUACAUUAGACACAUUCAAGUGGUACUCUCGUUUAAAUAAUGAGUUCGGGGCAUGGUCGCCUAGUUACAACGAUGAAGAUCAAUGGAUUAUGGUCAACCUAACAACUACAAUGCGUAUUACCAAACUAGCGAUGCAGGGCCACCCUGUGAGAGAUAGCUGGGUUGAGACGCUUAAGCUAAUGUACAGCUUUGAUGGAACGACAAUGUCUGUCUACUCGAUCAAUAAUGUUGAACAGUUAUUAUCAGCGAAUUCCGACAGUACGGCUAUCACUUACGUGUAUUUGGAAUCAUUCCUUGCUGGGAAUUUCAUCAAGCUAGUACCACAGACAUGGCAUAAUGACAUUGCGAUGCGGUUUGAAUUGUACGGAUGUAACGUACAAGACGCAACCCCUCACGUGGUUAAAGUGGAAAACUCCACUGCUUUGAUAUUUAACAAGAACGGAUCAAUCAGUUGCCAGGCCUUUGGGAUUCCUAGACCUUCCAUAACUUGGGAAAAGAAUGGAGAAACUUUCACAACAGCGUGGAAUGUUGACAUUGUAAACACGGAUAUCGAUUCGUACAACACAAUGUCUAAUAUUCAAUUUUCUCCUCUCUAUAACGAUAAAGGGUAUUAUUCUUGUAUCGCUCACAAUUCGUAUGGAAAUCAUCGCAAAACAUUCUAUCAGAGUAAAGAGAAACCAGUGAUAAUCGGAGAGUUUAUAAAUUGUGACGAUGAAUAUCUACGUCUUGUGUGUCCUGGCAAUACUUUCAUUGAUAUGACGAGUGUUUUCUAUGGCCGAGAACACAAUGAUGUGUGUGUUAUUGCCGAUGAUAUAUAUCCAACCGAUUGCGUGUACGACGGAGAAACGUCUUUGUCACGACUUCAGAAACAAUGUGGAAAUAAACAUGAGUGCGAUAUUUACAUAUCGGAUGUGACGUUUGAAGAUGGCAAUGAGUAUCCGUCGUGUGAUGGAGUGUAUAAGUACGUCAACGUAACCUACGACUGUGUCGACGAUGUAGGGGAAGGUGCGGUCAAUACAGUUGUUGGCUGUGAUGACGAGAAACUGUCAUUUGGUUGCCACAGCGGCCACUUCAUUAAAGUGUUAUCGGCGUCGUAUGGAAGAACAGAUCCAAAUACGUGUUCACUCGGAGCCGACAACAACUAUACAUACUCUGUCGACUGCGUGUAUACGCCCUCAGCGGUACUAGACAUAGCACGGACAAACUGUGACAACAAACUUACUUGUGCCAUGAAUGUGAUGUUGUACGACGUUAUUGGCGACGAAUGUCCCGGUGUGCCGAAGUACUUUGAAAUUGACUUCAUAUGCGAAGCGUUUGACAGAAACUUGGCUCUUCUACGGGCGGCAUAUCAGAGUACGGACACUAUGCCAGUAAUGGAUGCUUCGUUAGCCACCGAUGGUGAUUUGUCAACCUGUUCAAAUACAGCCAACGAAACGGAGCCUUUUUGGAGAGUUGAUUUACGGGAAAGUUACACCGUGGGACACGUUGUAGUUGUCUUGAACACGAAUGCCUUAGGUACGGUGAUGGACCAGCUUGAAGUCCGAGUUGGUUCUAACUGGGAUAUCACUCAGAACAACAUAUGUGAUGACGUUAUUUCCGGAGGCCAAACACUUCAUGAUAUCUACUGUGCCUAUCCUAUGGUUGGCCGUUACGUCAGUAUUAAACUCUUCACCGAUAGCGAGGCAUCGCUAUCUCUAUGUGAUGUACAAGUAAAAAAUGGAAUAGAAGAGGAAGCGACGGCCAUUGUUUGUGAUGAUGACGUAAUGUCAUUGACCUGCGCUGAUGGGUUUGUGUUUAUCCAGGACGUCGAAUACGGUCGUGCAGAUAGUGGCGUUACCUGCCCAGCCUCGAUCCCAGGUCAAACGUACAAUUCAUGUACGUCGACGAAAUCGUCAGUUUUGGCGAUCGUAAAGCAAAAGUGUCAGGGGCAGAGGUAUUGCAGUAUUGACGUCAUGGAUGACGUCAGAGAAGUCCUGUCCAAUCACGGUGAAGAUCCUUGCCCAACAACGUACAAAUACUUGACAGUUAAACAUCUAUGCAGUGAUACCAGCAAAGGUGGGGGUGCCAGAUUGACCAAUAUAUCUGGUGAUACUCCUGAAAUGCAUAGUACAAGUUCAGGUCACGCGUGCAAAUCUGAGAAUUUCAAAAUGGUAUGCGAAAAACCCUACUCGUUCAUUAACGUGACUCGCGCCCUCUAUCAUCCUGUGACAUCGCACCCAGAUCGCUGCCAAACGUCAUCUGACACACUGCCGUCAUCGUGUAAUGCUUAUUACAAACUAUCCAGUCACUAUGGUUACGUACUUUCUGACGGCGUGUAUCCCAUUAACGUUGACGGGCAAACUUUGAAAGUAUAUUGUGACAUGACGCGAAAUGGGGGAGGUUGGACUCUUCUUGUGACAGCCGUAUCCAAACGAGACUGGAGCCCAGAGAAUGUGGAGGAACGACGUUUAGAUUACCCAUCGCUGGAUUUAGACUAUUCCAUUUUGAGUAAAGCCAACGCGAUUAAAAAUAGUGGCAACGAAUCGUCAUUCCAGUAUCGACUCGAAGCAAAUGAACGUGGUAGAUAUGGCGGAAUCUGGCAGGCACCAGCAUCCCACGAUUUUGUGGCAAAUCUCCCACAGCCGACAAUCCUGUUGGAACGUUUCGAUUCUUGGGUCACGGAUGUCAGCACCAUACAGAACAAUCUACCAUGGAUUGACAGUGAACCAUGGAGAAGCAGACCUGAUUUGUUGACUACGUCAUUUAGGAACACCGACCAAUGGGCUGGCAGUAUUGUGAUGGAGAAUGAUGAUGUUUAUGGUGUCAUGGUUGACGUAGCUCCUUGGAUCAUGGGAUCGUCAGAGUCAAGCAAUCCCUCAGCUAUUUGGUAUUGGAUGAGAGAAGAACUAAAUAUUGAAUAUAGUUGUAACGGUGCUCCGACACCCUAUGACGUUACAGAACAAGUUAAGGAAAGAUGUGAUUACAAACGUAGCUGCACAGUACCAUCAGAGGACUACGUGUUCAACGACGGCUGCGUGGAAAAUUCCAAAGAACUGGAAGUGACAUUUCAUUGUUCGGAGUCAACACCAAGUAGCGAAACUGUUAUCUCCUGCGAAGAAGAUGAACAACAAUUGAGCAUUACGUGUAAUAGUGGCCAGUUUAUUUACAUCACUGAAGCUAAUUACGGUCGGGCGCUGAGCACAGUUUGUCCAAGUAUAUCUGACAAUACGUCUGUUUCCACAUGUCUGAAUCCAAACACAAAGGCAUUAGUGUCGGGGUACUGCAAUGGAAUGUCCUCGUGUAGCAUACGGGUUCAUCCCGAUUACCUAGGUGGAGAUCCAUGCCCUGCGGUUGCUAAAUAUUUAAUGGUGGAAUUCACUUGUACAGAUGAAAGGCCGUCUGGUAUUUUACUAGCACGUGGUUGUGAGGAUAAUGGAGAUGUCGUGCUAUCGUGUCCAAAUGACUAUGCUAUUCGAAUUGUAACUGCAGACUUGGGGAGAGCAGCAGGAGAAGAUGUCUGCACGCACCGCCGGAAUAUCCCGUCCUACUAUCGUGACACUUCCUGUACCAUACCGGAUGUCCUAGAGGCGUUGCACAAUCAGUGUGACAACGAACAAUCGUGCGAGGUAUCAGUUCACUGGGAUGAUUACAUUUCUUCCGAUCCAUGCCCGGGGACCUACAAGUAUAUGGAAGUGGCGUAUUACUGUUUGUCUGCAACUCAACCCUUGACCUCUGGUGGUUACUAUGGUAACUACAUACACUUCCGGGACGAAGGCCAUUACUUAGAAAACCACGUCAUCGACACUCACCAUGUCAGGCAUCAUAUACAUUGCGCCAUAAGCUGUUGGUCCAACUCUGACUGUCUUUCCUUCAAUAUCAAGAGCUCACGUGACACCGAUGGUUAUCUCUGCGAGCUGAAUGAUGUAUUGAAAGACGAGAUUCCCUCGGACUACACAGAUUUGGUUGGAUUUGAAUAUUUUGAACGCGGUAGAUACUAA